AUGGGCGAAAACAUUUUAUCGUUCGCCGAUUCUUCCUGCUCGGACCCUACGUCGCCGUACGAUCGGCCGAUUUCGUUCGAAACUCCAUGUAAUCAUGCUACAUUAUUUAGUCAAAUUUACAUGGCAAAUUGCACGAAUAAACGGAUCUAAUGUUUUCUUCCUGUUGGAGGAGCGAUGCAACAACAAUGGAUUCAUUUGGGUAAACAUGAACGCAUUUACAGAAAUAUUCCGGUGUUACGAUUUCUAGAUUUAGAAUUUUCGAAAAAAUUUCUCGUGAAAAUUAUCUUGUUGAAUUCUUUUGGUACAAAGUUGAAUUUUUUUAUCAAUAGAUUAAGAGUUGAACAAUUAAUUGUUCAAACUCCUUCAAGAAGGUUCGAUAUUCUUAGGAAGACCAGAUAUAACUAUGAUGGAGUGAUGGAGGUAAGAAUCUUACGGGCGAUAAGGCACACAUUAAUUGAAGAAUAACAUCCGGCAUGGAGCUGGUGGCAGACCGUCGUGACAUCAUUGUUUACAACCGAACGAAAAUGGAAUUAAACGAAUCACCCAAUGACCAACCUAUUCAAGAGCGAAAGGGGUAAUUUUAGAGUGAUAACAUUAACGAGAAUUAGUCGGCUGUGCCGAUAAUUUCAAAAGAAUUCGAUUCAUGGUGACCUAUUUUCUUCAAAUGUUUAGUAAUCAAACAGGAAUCGAUACUUAAAGAAAAAACGUUCUUCGUGGUAUGUAUAUUUUUGAUGUAAUUCUUUAAUGGCGAAGAAUGCGUAGAAUGUUUAUCAAAUUAAA